CUCCCAGUUUUUUCUUCCUUACCGAGCUCAAAUUUUACACCGAGGGGAUUUUUUUUUUUACGCAGCGAUGUCUUGCUUCUGUCCACGUCCUGAAAGGACAAACUCACAGGAGAAAGUAUUUGUAGAGCACCGUAAAAAGGUCGCGCUGGAAAAUGGAAAACGCCUGGGUCUGAAAGACAAUGCGGACCUUCGGUUCCUGCUGGACGGCGCGAAACUCACCAAGAUCCGCUCGAAAUCCUGGCAUAAGAGCCGCUACUUUAAUCUGAUGGAAGACUGUAGGACCAUUAUGUGCUCGUCUAAGAAACUUGGCAAAAAAGGCAAUACCUUCCUCAUUGAUGACAUCGAAUCUGUGCGCAAGGGCCGCCAGACCGAAGGACUCAAAAAACAUACGGACCCCGACGAGGAAGAGAAGUGCUUCUCUAUCAUGUUUAAGGGAAGCAAAAAGAACCUCGACUUCAUGGUGAACUCUAAAGAGGAGGCCCAUCGGUGGGUCACCAGCCUGGAGAAGCUCAUGAACCAUGCGCAGAACCUCAACAAGAAGCAGGAAAGAGAACAUUGGUUCAUCAGCUGCAUGCGAAAGGCAGACAAGAACAAAGACAACAAGAUGACCCUGAAAGAGCUGAAGCAUUUCCUGCGACAGGUCAACAUUGAGGUGGAUGACACCUAUGUGGAGGAAAUAUUCAAGAAAUGUGACACGUCAAAUUCGGGUACCCUGGAAGACUUGGAGAUCGAGGAAUUUUAUAGCCUCCUGACAAAACGGGAGGAGAUAGAUGUGAUCUAUGCGAAGUACGCUAAAACAGAGGGUGAAAUGAGCGCCAGGGACCUGCUGGAUUUCCUGCUGAAUGAGCAGAGGGAACAAGCGACCAUAGAGAGUGCACUCAAGCUGAUUGAGAAACAUGAAUUGGACGAAGCAGCAAAACAGAAGAAGCGCAUGACUAAAGAUGGCUUUGUAAUGUACCUCAACCAAGAGGAUGGAUGCAUCUUCAACCCAGCUCACUCACCGGUGUAUCAGGACAUGAGUCAGCCUCUCAAUCAUUACUUUAUCUCCUCCUCACACAACACCUACCUGAUGGAGGACCAACUCAAAGGACCCAGCAGCACAGAGGCCUAUGUAAAAGCAUUGAUGAAGAGUUGCCGUUGUGUGGAGCUGGACUGUUGGGACGGACCAAACGGAGAGCCUAUAAUUUAUCACGGCUACACUCUAACAUCCAAAAUCCUUUUCAAAGACGUCAUCAGAGCCAUCAAAGACUAUGCCUUCAAGACAUCUCCGUACCCUGUGAUUCUGUCCCUGGAGAACCACUGCACAGUGGAGCAACAACAGCUCAUGGCCCAUCACUUAAUCGACAUCCUGGGUUCUGCUUUGGUCACAAAGCCUCUGGGUGACACCAUGCCUGCCAGCCUCCCCUCACCAGAGGAGCUGAAAGGCAAGUUCCUGGUCAAGGGGAAACGACUGAACAAACUGGAUGCCAUGUUCUCCAACAACAACACCACUGUUGAAGAAGACUCGGUGUCUGAGGAGGAUGAGGCUGUAGAUUGUAAGGAGAACGAUCAAAAAGCAAAGGCAAAGAAAGCAAAGAUCAAACUCGCCAAAGAACUGUCGGAUAUUGUUAUCUAUUGUAAGAGCGUCCAUUUCGGUGGGUUUGAACAUGCCAGAGACAACCAGAGCUUCUAUGAAAUGUCGUCUUUGAAGGAGAGCAAAGCCUUCCAACUGGCUGAUGCUUCAGCCACUGCCUUCAUCCAUCACAACAUGGACAAACUCACCAGGAUCUACCCGGCAGGCUCGAGGACGGACUCCUCCAACUACAACCCUGUUCCUAUGUGGAACGUUGGCUGUCAGAUCGUGGCGCUGAACUUCCAAACUAACACUAAGGAGAUGCAUCUUAAUCAGGGCCGUUUUCUGCCAAACGGAUUUUGCGGAUACAUCUUGAAGCCCGAAUUCCAGAGAAGCCCGUCGUCUCAGUUCAAUCCCCAAUCUCUCACCGAAGGGCCAUGGCUACAGAAGAAGGUCCUCCAUGUCCUGGUGAUCUCAGCUCAGCAGCUGCCUAAACUGAAUAAGGACAAACAGAACUCCAUCGUUGACCCUCUGGUGAAAGUGGAAAUUCAGGGGGUGGCAGCAGACAACGACAAGAAGACGACGCACCACAUCGAAAACAAUGGGUUCAACCCCAUGUGGAACACAAAAUUUGAGUUCCCCAUCAGUGUUCCCGAGCUGGCCUUGUUGCGGUUUGUGGUGGAGGACCAUGACUCAGCGUCCCAGAAUGACUACAUCGGGCAGUACUGUCUGCCGCUCACCAGCGUUCGGAACGGAUAUCGCCACGUCCCAUUGCUCACCAAGAGGGGCGACAUCAUUCCCUCUGCAGGGCUGUUUGUGCAUAUCAUGCUAAUGGACCAGAAGUAGGAUCUUAUAGGGUAGGAAGCCUUCAUGCAAUCAGGGACGAGUUUGAACAGCCAACGACAGAGCAGUGACGAAGUAUUGCAACUAGGUCGGAUAAAACCUCAUACUGGAAACCUUCUGUCUGUUUUUUAUUACUUUUGACAUAGUUGUUUUGAGCUAUUAUUCAAUUUUACUAUUAUUACGAGAAAGGGAGAGUCAUUAAAGCCGUGAGUGAAUGAGAGACGUUAUUUAAUGACAGUCAUUUAACUGUUUUAUGCUCCUCUAGAAGAAUAAUUAUUGUAAGUUUUACAUAAGGUGCCUUCUUCUAACGUGCCGUGCAAUCUUUUAGUGUUAUUAUAUUGUUACUUUCCUAAAAAUAAUGGCCUGAGUCUUUGUUUGCCAAAAAGGGAUUUUGGUAUAAAAGGAUUUUUACACUUUUGGCUAAGAAGGCCGUUAUUUCAGGAAGAUGACAAUAUCAAGAAACAACCAUUUGUGCAUUUAUUGUGUUUUUUUUCUAGACUUUGUGAGUAGAACAAGCCUUAAUAUAUAUGAUUGCAAGGUUCUGUACUAGGCAUGGGCUGGUUACUGGUAUCAAGUAACACCAAAGUGUUCACAGGUCACGGAAUGAAAACUAUGGACAAUUUCCUGAGAUGCAACACCGUAUGGAUCUGGUCCAGGUCCUUGACCUGUUGCUUCUCACUGCACUAAGCUGUCUGAACAAAUUUUACUACACUUUUCCCACCCUUCCAAAAAAGCAGAAACAUGUUGAAAAUGUUUUUUUAAAAAAAAAAAAGGACUAGGAUGGAGUAGCUACAUGGCAUGGUUUUAAAACAACGGCUGGCAGGCCAUUAUGAGCCGUUAUGAUCCGUUGAUGUUGGGACUUUUAGUUUAACUUAUGUUUCUGUUUUUAACAUCUCUUAUUUCUCUAUAGCUUACCAAAAACAAUUGUUUUUGCUUUGGAUUUGUUUCCGCAAAUUAGCAUUUAUUUCUCUUUAUUGUCUAUCUUGGGGUUCAGGUUUCUUACCUCCUUUUUUUAUGUGCCCCUCUCCUCUGCACAGCUGAUCCAAUGCCUCAUCCCUCCCAGGCCUGUGUUUUCCCUCCAGCUGUUCCUCAUCUCUUGAUUUGUCCUUCUGCAUUAAUACUCUUUGUUUCCCUGUUAGUUGGAUUCUCACAUGUUCCGAAUCCACCGGUUCUUUCAGUAAGGCUUUUGUAUUUCUUUCAUUAAACAUUGUCGUCAUACUGCUGUCUUGCCUGCAUUUUAGUCUGACCCUGGAUAUCAGACAAGCAGUAUUUUUUUUUAAGGAAGGCUGAUAGCUGUUACCCGUAGGUUCCAAGUGUCACUUUGUGAACAGAAUGGUAGAAGGGUGCAAUAGUAUAUGUAUUAGGGACUUAAAAACUGCUAACUUUAUCUAUUUUUGUUGUUUUUAUUUGAAAUGUUAUUGUGGUGCAACACUAUACCAGUCCACGCCUUGUCUCUUAUUUUACUUUCUUAAAUAGGAAUAAUCUUAUCUCUUUAGAGAGUUUAUGUGCCUUUGUCCACCUUUUCUCAAGCCAAAGUCUUGUACCAUACACUGUCUUAUAAUUUACAUUUUACAGAUGCAUCAUGAUGAGAUCGUACAGAAUUACAGUUAAUGAAAUCACACUUAAUGUCUUGUAUUGUAAUUUUCUUCUCAAUGCUUGUUUUAGUGACAACUUUGUGUCUCCAACGUGUUGGCAUUGGCACUAGUUCACGAAUAAAAGCAGCUUUACUCUCUUA